CCCCAUUUCCUUGUAGGCAUAAGGUACCAGCGGAUCUCGUCUCGCUUAUCUCGGCACGGCCCGAGCGCUGGGGCUAUGGCAAUUUCCACUUCAUUGCUGAACAAAAUCAAUCUUGUUUAUUUCUUUAAGUGUGCGUAUCACCAGCGAUGAGUAUGGGUUUAUUGCUGCGAAAUAUUGUUGCACAGCCCGUUCAGCACGCCCCAUCAAAUUGGACAUAAUUAUAUGGUCCAUUGUGGUCCAGCUGGAGACUGAUGUAUCCAUGCUGCUCACCAGCUUGCGAAUGGCGAUCUGUCGCGUGGGGCAUGUCGGUGCGAUGGGUGCCUAGACGCCUGGGUGCCUGGGUAGGUCCCUGCUUACGCCCGUGACUCAGAUGUGAGCGAACUUCUUCGGUAAUAAGCAAGAGGUAAGCUCUCCAACCUCGAAGCAUCAAUUGCUCUAUUUCAUUCAUGUUGAAUGAGCACGAAUGGCCUCCCCUUCCGAAGCUCAGUUUCAUUACUUCGGUCUUUUACCGCCUGAAAUCCGACGGAAGGUCUACCUCUUGGCUACACCGCCACGAGUGGUCUAUGUGAGCGAAGAUGGCCGCGAGGAUGAAGACUGGGAUGACCGGUAUGAAGAGUUUGAGGAAAUGUGUCGAACCACGCCAAUCCAAUUCAAAUUGCAUCCUGAUAUUGCAUAUUUCGCUCACAAUUGGCGUCCGCGAUUGUCUGAAAGUCUCAAAAAGUACCCGCAGCCCCGUCUAGAGUCCUUUGGGUUCACUACUUCGAAGAAACAGUACCAGCCUUGGGUCCCCACGGGCGAUGCACCCGAACUCCCCUCAGAUUUUCUCGCAGAGAACCCCGAAGCAGCAUGGGCCAUGACACGAAGUGCAUCUCUGUCCAGCCCAGCCUUCAUCCCGCCAUUUCUGCAUGUUUGUACUGAAUCCCGCGAGGAGCUCCAGAGAUUCGGAUACCGACUGGCAUUCGGCACUCGUACACAUAAGCCACGCACGUGGUUUCACUUUGAGUACGACACGCUAUACUUAAGACGAAGCUAUUCAUUCGGUCCCGAAUGGCUGUCUGGUGCACGGUGGGAUGUAGACCUUUUCCGCCCCGCGGACCUUCAGCGCGUCAAGAAGCUAGCUCUCUGGCAUGGGUAUGAUGGUAUUGGGGAACGACCCCGUGAGGAGAUGUCCAGUUUGUUACGGCUACUUCCCAACUUAAAGAACAUGUUCCUCGUCGCACGGGAGGAUCCUAAACCCGACCAACGAUACUGGGAAUAUUCGAUUUCUGACGAGGCAUCUUCCCUGAAGGGCCACUACUUGUGUAUAGGUAUAGACGAGUCCGAUAUCAUUAUUCGACCUCCGGGGCGUAUGAUACCGGAGGAGCCAUCCCUGUACGCUGCGAUGAAGUCAUAUAAGCGGAAUGAUCGGGAAAACACUUUCGGCCAAUCCUAUUUCGAAUUUUUAACGUCUAUUUUUGAGGAGCAGCUUCGCAGCCACCGUGCCGAGAUAAUAUCCGAGCCUUGGGAUGCCCCGAUACCUAAAUGGAACGUUCCAAAUGUUGAACUUGCACAUUUGUGCUCACUAGAGACCAUAGACGAGAUAUUCGAUCUACGCCGCCGCUUCUGGGGGAAUUUCAUUGAGACAAGGAAGAGGCUAGCAAGGGGUAAGAGGAUAAAAUCCAAGGCUUUGAAAGAAAAGGUUGCGACUUCAUCCGACUUCCAGGAUGUUGGCGAGGCAUAUCUCAGGGCCCACGAACCAGAUCAGCAUGAGCGGUGGGAGUUUUACCGGUAUCAUCAUUGGAUGGAAGACUAUUAUGCAUUAUAUGACUUUACUCUCCCCGUGACGCGGGAAGAGCUAUGGUGGCUCACUGAAGCACAUGUGUCUCCCCCACGGUUUGACGUCUUUUGAAUACCUGAGCAAGCAAUCGGGUAUGCUCGAAUGAUUUUUCACUUUCAUGUCGCUCUCACCAAGGUAGCAUUAUCCCGCGUCCCCAAAACGCUAACCUGUCUAUUAGGUUCCCCGAGGACGAUAUAAAAUUGAAAGGGCGGUCAAAAGAAAAAAGGAGGGGAUUGAGAAGAAUGGCCAGCCUACCUUGAUGAGUAACGAUUAGUCGGACUUCGUAUGUGCAUUCAAUCGGCAAUUUUGCGCCCGAUCAUGUAGAGAUU